AUGAGAGAAUAUGCUUCUCUCAUCAAUGCUUUUAUACUGCUAACUCUUUUGUUACACAAUGUAAAUGGUGAAGACCCUUAUAGAUUCUACACUUGGAAAAUCACUUAUGGUGACAUUUAUCCUCUGGGUGUCAAACAAAAGGGAAUUUUGAUAAAUGGGCAGUUUCCGGGGCCACAGAUUGACUGCGUCACCAAUGAUAACUUGAUUAUCAGUGUUUUCAACUCCUUGAAUGAACCCUUUCUCCUUUCUUGGAAUGGCUUACAGCAGAGGAGGAACUCUUGGCAGGACGGAGUUUAUGGUACCACCUGUCCGAUUCCGCCAAGGAAAAACUUCACUUACGCCCUGCAAGCAAAAGACCAGAUAGGCACCUAUUUCUAUUUUCCAUCGCUUGCACUCCAUAAGGCUGCCGGAGGGUAUGGUAGCAUCAAAAUUUCGAGCCGUCCUCAAAUUCCAGUGCCUUUCCCACCUCCUGCUGGGGAUUAUGCCAUCCUCACUGGGGAUUGGUUCAAGAGAAGCCAAAGGCAACUGAAGUAUUUCUUGGAUACCGGUCACAAUCUUCCCUUCCCCGAUGGCCUUCUAAUCAAUGGUCGUGGGUGGAAUGGAUACACAUUUACAGUCGAUCAAGGCAAAACCUACAGGUUCAGGAUAUCAAAUGUUGGACUUACAACCUCCAUUAACUUCAGAUUCCAAGGGCACACAAUGAAACUAGCUGAGGUAGAGGGAUCUCACACGCUCCAGAACACGUACUCUUCCCUCGACAUCCAUUUAGGGCAGUCUUAUUCAGUCUUGGUCACAGCCAACCAGCCUGCAAAGGACUAUUAUAUUGUAGUUUCCUCUCGCUUCACCUCUAGAGUGCUUACCACCACUGCUGUUCUCCAUUACAGUAACUCAUUUACCAAAGUUUUGGGUCCUCCCCCUGGUGGACCCACGACUGACAUUGCUUCGUCUUUGAACCAGGCCAGAUCAAUACGUUGGAAUCUGACAGCGAGUGGACCUAGACCUAAUCCUCAAGGCUCGUACCACUAUGGAAUGAUCAAGCCCUCUAGGACCAUUGUUCUUGCUAACUCUGCUCCAUAUAUAAAUGGCAAACUGAGAUAUGCUGUCAACGGUGUAUCAUAUGUUUCACCAGACACUCCCUUAAAGUUGGCUGACUACUUCAAGAUUGGAGGAGUCUUCAGCGUUGGAAGCAUCCCCGAUGGACCUCCCGGGGGAAAUGGAGGAUAUCUUGCAACCUCUGUUAUGCAUGCUGAUUAUCGAUCUUUUGCUGAGAUUGUGUUCCAAAAUUGGGAGGAUACUGUCCAGUCGUGGCACAUUGAUGGAUAUUCUUUCUUCGUUGUUGGAAUGGAUGGUGGACAGUGGACUCCUGCAAGUAGGCCAAGAUACAAUUUGAGAGACACAGUUGCCCGUUGUACCACUCAGGUGUACCCGAAAUCUUGGACUGCAAUAUACAUAGCUCUGGACAAUGUGGGAAUUUGGAACAUAAGAUCUGAGAACUGGGCAAGGCAGUACUUGGGUCAGCAAUUCUACCUGAGGGUUUAUACCCCAUCAACUUCAUGGAGGGACGAAUAUCCUAUUCCAAGGAAUGCUCUCCUUUGUGGUCGAGCUAGUGGGCACCACACUAGACCCCUCUGA